AGCCUGGAAGACUCGUGUGCUCAUCACAUUGUGCAGGAAAACGGAAUCUAUAUCCUCGCCAAAUUGAUUUUACCACAAAACUCCGGACCCAAGGUGUCAUCUUUGCAGUGUUACGCAUUCCGGGCACUGCGCUUUCUCUUCAGCGUGGAGAGGAACAGACAUCGCUUCAAGAGGCUCUUUCCCACGGACCUUUAUGAAUCAUUUAUUGACGUGGGCCAUUACAUGCGGGACCUGGAGGCCUAUGAGGGUCUUCAAAUCAAAGUGUCACAGUAUUCUGAGGAAGAGUUGGAGAGCCUGCGAGAGAGCAUCAUGGCUGUGGACCACAACCGGCCUGUGCUCCGGCUGAUCAAUGGCUACGCUGUACUGGACCACCUUGGCACUGGUGCCUUUGGGAGCGUAUUGAAGGUCCAGAAGCCGAGCGCUGGGAAUAUGGUGGCCCUGAAAGAGGUCAACCUCCGCAACCCGGCGUUCGGCAAAGACAAGAAGUCGCGAGACGGUAACGUGGAGAAGAUCAUCGCGGAGUUGACCAUCAUCAAAGAACAGGCCAGAGCUUUUUUUUUUGGUUGUUGUUGUUUUAUUCAAACCAAAUAAGGACUUCGUUCCUCCUCUUCAUGCGUCUGUGUAAAAUUAU